AUUCGCCUUGUCCCUGGUCCGUUGCCCGCACCGGCAGACUGCGCGCGGCGCGGCACCCCGAGUCCGCGUCCGACGGAAGACUGACCAACGGUCACCGGCCACUGUCAGGGGCGAUCAGUCAAUCAGUCACAUUUAGUGACAGUCUGACAGGGGACGACAGUCACUGUCAGGGGCCGACAGUCGAAGACAGACAAGUUUCGGUGGUCAGUCUCGGGCCCGACAGAAGACAGGCGGUAGAACGGUGAUCGCCGGAUAGACUGAGAAGUGGACUUUUCGACAGAUUUCAGGAUGAGCGAGCAGCAGCCGAAGAUCACCCGCUCGCCGCUGUGCAGUCGGUGUCGCAACCACGGCAUCAAGAUCAGCCUCAGGGGACACAAACGCUUCUGCGGCUACAAGGAGUGCCUGUGUGAUAAGUGCGCUCUGGUGAAGGCCCGCCAGCGCGUGAUGGCUCGCCAGGUAGCGCUGAGGCGCGCACAAGAGCACGAGGAGGUCCGCGGACAGGCGACUGUGUUUCCGCCGGUGCUGCCCUCCGACGGCGACCGAGAAAGCUCAGCUUCGCCGGCCGGCCGUCCCACGUCCAGUCCGACCCCGAGCGGCGCAGCUGCCACCGGCGGCUCUCCCUCCGCCGCCCCCGCCUCCACCCCUACCCCGGCCGCCGGGCCCGGCGCACCGUUCGCCUCCGGUCACUGGCUGCACCAGCUGCUGCACAUGCCGGAGGAGGCGCUACACAUCCUGCACAGUGUCAUCAGGGAGAGCGGCAGCCAGCAGGAGGCGGCCGUGCGACUCAUCGCCAGAGCCAGCGGAGAGGCGGCACCGCCAGUCGUCAGUGAGCUGCCCCCUCCGCCGCCGCCGCCGCCGCCACCGGCCCCUCCGGCAGCAGCGGCGCGGCCGUCGUCGCCGCUGGGGCCGCCGCCGCUGGCGCCCCUGCUGCCGCCCUGGUACGGCCCGCCCCUGGUACCGUACAUCCCGCCGGCACUGCUGCCCACCUUCAGCCGACUGCACCAGCUGUACCUGGCGCGUACCACCGCCCCGUGACCUGACCCGGGUCACUCUGUGACCUGAACCAGUGGUCAGGACCCAGUGCAGAUGUUUCAUGACCUACACCGGGUCAAUGUAGAAUAGCAACCUGAUCCGAACCACCGCUCCGUGGCCUGACCUGGGUCACUGUGACCUGGACUGGCACAGUGCAGAUGCCCCGAGACCUGGACGGUGUCGAUGCACGUGCCCCGUGGCCUGACUCAAUUCAGUACAGAUGACCUGUGAGCGGGCCUGGAUCAUGGUUUCGGGUCUGCCCCUGGGCUAGUUCAGGGGUGAUUAUUAGGUUUUCACUGUCAUGCGGGCUGAUUUCGUGAUGCAUGGAAGCGCAUCGCCGUCGUUAUUGAUUUUUAACUGGAAGGUAUACUAUCCCGCAAUGAUCGACUGCUGUGCGGCGCAGCCUACCUUCUGUAAGGACUGCGUGAUAUUGUGAAUGGCGACGUGGUUCCCUCAUCCCUGGGACGUUCGUAAUUAUUCUCGACGGACUUACUCGAUUCUCAGUCAUUGCUGUUAUCUGGUCUAGUGCUUUGUAUGAGCGGGUGUUUUACACGACUGAUGGAUGUUGUUAGAAAUAUGUCAAGUGAUGUAUUGAAUGUCAUUACCGGUUGAAGGUAUUAUGGUUUGUGGUCAUCUCAGUAUUGCGAUCAAAUCUCGCCGAACCCCUAACAUUUUGUCAGGUUUCUUAUCAUGAUAAAGUAGAGGCAAUCUGUUAUUGGAUCGUCCAUGUUUCAGCUACUUCUAACACUUUUUGUUCAUAGAAGGUGCCUGUGAUUCUGCGAUGUCUGUUUAGAUCUGUGAUGUUUGUGAAAAAUGUACGCAUGCGAUAGUGACAAUUGACAAAAAUCCCUUAACAGCGCACGUGUGCAACGAACAUAGAAGGAUGCAAGAGUCUAUCACUAUCCAACACACAGUUCUCAUUUGUGCUGAAGAUAGCAAUGCUGAGUGUGCUGUUUAGCCAGUGACAGCGUAUAUUUGGAAUAUUGGGUGACGAGAAAUGCAGAGUGCAUCACGAAUGCUUGGUGGGCCCGUCAGGGUGGCGAUUGUUUGUGGUAUUUGAUGUUCAACCGGUGUCGUGUACAUAAAUACACACGUUAUCUCCUUUUCAGACAUA